AGCUAUCUACUUGGUCCAACUCUAGAAAUGCCUAAUGUAUAUAUAUAUUUAUGUGUAUAUAUAUAUAUGUGUGGUAUGUUUAUUUUUUGACCUUUUGUCCAUUAGUUAACACCAUCACUUUUUUUACAUCUUGUACCACAAAUUGACGGAAUUCUGGAAUGUGAAAUGUUUUUUUAAUUAGUAAUAUAUAAUGGUACGUUUAAUUCUACUGAAUCUGUACCAGAUCGCCUCAGGUACACCGGUUGAACCACAAUGGUGGCCUCCUGCCUGUUUGUUCUUCUUACGUAAAAAAGGGCGUAUUAAUGUUACGCCAACUGGCAGGUCCCGAGCCGGUUGUCGGAUCGGAUGGUGGAUUGCAAGCAAGUAUCCUCUCUGAGAUUUACUCCACGAAGUUUCAUUUUACGAGGAAUAUAAACACUCUGUCGUAGAUGAGAACAUGUCCAUCGAAAUCCGGACUGGAAUCUUCACGCGUCCUUGUCGUGUCGUCACUAUUCGUCGGCGCGAUGUGUGAAGUUUAGCGAACAUUAAAUCUGAGUGAAAUUUCCAUUUUGCUGACGCCACGUUUCUUUCAACAUAGCGACAGUAACUGUAUAUAUAUAUAAUAAAUAAUGAGACAGGCGUUUUUAAGACAAGUCCGCCGGUUCCCGUGGGCCACCAACGUGACGCUGUACGGCUGCCUGUUCGCCAGCGGGGACUUCGUCCACCAACGGUUGUCGCGGACGACGGACGAACUGGACUGGCGACACACGCGGAACGUGGCCGUGGUCGCGUUCACUUUCCACGGGAACUUCAGUUUCUUCUGGAUGCGGUUCCUGGAGCGGAGGUUUCCCGGGAAUUCGGUCAAGAUGGUGUUGAGGAAGCUGCUCAUGGACCAGAGCAUAGCGGCACCGCUGGCCACCAGCGUCUUCUACACAGGUGUCAGCUUCCUGGAGGGAAACAACGACAUCUUUGAAGACUGGAGGGAGAAAUUCCUAAAUACGUACAAAACGGGGCUUAUGUUCUGGCCCUUUAUGCAGCUGGUGAACUUCGCCCUGGUGCCUCUGUACUUACGGACCGCCUUCACCGGCUGCUGCGCCUUCGUCUGGGCCACCUUCCUCUGCUUCUCACGCCAGAGCGGCGACGGCACGGCCGGCGCCGCUCUGGCCCGGUUGUUCCCUCGCAAAGAGGACAACGGAGCGGAAACCAAUGACAGGACGGAUGCUGGAACAGUCGCAUCUUCGCCUCCUCCGAAGUGAAGUGGGCGGACUCCGUGGAUGCAGCGGCGUUCAGUGGUUGAUGUUGCACUAUCUGUGUCGUCUCACUGGGGUUAGACUAAAAAAUGAGACCCACGUGACGCCCUAAGGUGCUUUUGGGAAACAGCGUAUAUGGCAAAUGGGAUGUAUGUACAACACGUCACCUCCGUGGGAAACAUUCAGUAUAUCUUUCCUACAUUAUCAGGUUUUUGUUUUUUUAUAAGUCUUCACAUUCCACAAGAGAGUUUUCCACAUUCUCCUGCUUCACAUCUAAGAACAGGAAUAAGAAGUGAAAUGUGGUGUGGCAGCUAAUCUGAUUUAUUAACUUAGAUUUUUUUAAGCGUGCUUCAUCUCUAAGGGUUUACGUUUUAAUUUACACUUUGGUACAAGAAGUGCUAAGUACACAUGCAUCGACAAAAUAAACUAAGAAACACUAGAACAGAUCUGAAAAUACAUGAUUGAUUUCUACAUUUUCAACCUUUGUCCCCUAAAUAUUGCAUCAAUGAGUUACUACUGAGGACAUUCAUUUGAACUUGAAUGUGUAAAUGCUGCCUGCCUCGUCGUACUUUAUCUUAAUGUGGUACUCUAUUAUAUAUUUUUGCUUCAUUUCCAAAUGUUUAUAACAGUUUGGUAUUUUAUAAUUUUUUUAAUUUGACCUUUUAGGAAAAACACUAUAUUUUCAUCGCCUGCAGAGAUUCUUGCAAAACACGUCGGGUUCCUGUGCCAAGCAGUUUUAUAUAUAGGUCAUAUUUUAUAAAUAGUUCAGUAAAAAGAGCUGAAUAUGAGUUUAAAUGGUUUAUUGUUUCUGCAGAAGAUCAUUAAUAAGAAAAAAAAUGUAAUUAACUUGUGGUCAUGUAUUACAAAGAGAUUUGUCUAUUUCCCCCCUCUGGUGCAUUUGAGUGUGAAAUCAGGUUGACAAUUAUGCAUUUUUAAUUAACAUAUGCAAGAGUGUUAUUAUAUGAGUGUAUCUGUCUCACAGACCUGAAUGAAUGUGAAUUACACACAAUAAUAAUAAUUUAAAUUGCAGAGUUUUGUUUCUAAUUAUUACUUGUAUGCUGAUGUGCAACACUGGAACUCAAGGAUCAAUUAAUAUCAUAUUUAUUUCAUUUUAUGUAUUUAAUAUUCCUAGAUGUGUACUUUCUCAAUAUCUUUUUUUUAGUUUGGAUAUCACAAAGAUCUGUCGGGGCUGUAAUACAAAUUAUUUUAUCACACUGGAUAGAGAUAAAUAAUAUUUAUUGUUGAAUAAACUAAAACAAAUCUCC